AUGCGAAUAUGGAUCAUUGACCCUGAAGAGGCUUCCGAUUAUGAGAUUGGUCAGAUUGCGAACUUACCCUCACGUCAUUCCUACCACCUUACCAAAAACUUCUUCAACCUGGGUCAGUUUCCCAUAGUCACCCUACCAUCCUCCACCAAAACGUUUAAUGGGAAGUUCACACUUGAUGGAUUCUGGGAGGUGGUGCUGGAGUGGAAUCAAAGCUACCUCACAGUGGGCAUAGGUGGCCAGCCCACCAGCUUUCAGCACCGCUUCGUCUAUGAAGCUUCCCACACCUUUUACUGGGAACCCAUAGAAGGCCCUUAUGACGGAACAGAGAUACCUUUGUUGGGGCCUGACGUGACCAUACUGAUCAAGGACCCUUGCGCCCCCCAUCGGGCUCUAUUCAUGACUAGGAAUAGCAUACGAAUCACCAGUGACGCUUUCCGCUCCACCAGCAUUGUGAAGAUGUACUCCUUGUACACCAGGCCCCCAAGCGGCUUCUACAUGAAUGACAACGCCGCCCUGCUGGACGACGGCAUCAUCUUGCACAUGGCGGACGGGCUGUACUGGAGGUCGCAUCAGACGAGGUUCCUCGAGUUCAGGAAAGAGCUUCCCACCAUUGGUGUGCGAGGGAUCUUACAGAGGACCACAUGCUUGGAUAACCACCCGCUGCAAGAGGUAGUAGAUUUUGGGAAGGUCUUGUUUUGGACAGACAACGAGUUGUUCAUCGGGGGUGGUCGGAUCACAUCCCGUCAUGCCGUAGGGACUUACAAAGAGCUGCUCUUCCAAGUAAAUUGAGAAAACCGUUUCCUGACCGCGGCUUUCGGCUCCGACCCAAACACGGUGGGCAUUCUCGUCACCGAAACAUCGAAUUACAAGCCCAUCCUCUUUAUUUUCAACUACCAGACAAGGCUAACUCAUCCCAGCUCCUUUCUUGCAAGUGAGGUGUCCCCUGAAAACAUGCCUAGAGGGCUUUUACACAUGCGCUUCUAUGAGUCAGCCAAGGAGACACUGCUGCUGUGGAAUCAAACAGCUCUGUGGUAUAGUUUCCGUGACAACAGCCAGUGGGGGAUGCUGAAAGUGCCUGGUUUCCAUUCCCUCGGGUCGGCUGUACCUGGCAAGAAUAUACACGAAGUAAUGCUUGAUCAAAAAUGGAACCUUCUUGUAAAGAUGACGAACAACCAGAUGUUCUUCUGCAAGUUUGGUGUGACAGAGUUGGUCUGGCUGGAGUACUGGGUUCGGGGCGGAAUCCCUGCUUCUCUCCACACGGACCAGAAGAACCAGGUCAUCCUGGUGACAGAGCAGGAGCUAGAAGACAAUGUACAAUUCGAGUUAAACCCCUUCCCCCUGAAGUUGGAGGUAAUGAGCAGCAUGUUAGGAAUAACCCAUCACGACUGUCCCUAUGUCACGUUCAAACACAGCAUGAACAACUACGGCUACUACCUGGACAAAGGGCAGGAGUUGUUGUUCUGGGCACAGGUGGUCUACCACGAAGGGAAGGGCGUGCACAUCCAGGUGCUUAGGAGCAGAGCAAAGCUGCUGGAAUUUGAUCUCUCCAAAGACUUUGAGUGUAUCCACAAGGUUUUCAUGGUGAACAUGGUGAGGCACAAACACAAGCUACAAAGCAACACACAUAUCUACAAGAGUGUUUGUGUGGGUUUCUUUUGUUGGUAAUAAAACAAGUUGAAAUGGAUGUUCCAAACAAGUUACAGCACUCUUCAUUUUAGAACUGAAUUGCAUUAUUAAUAUCUCUGAGGAGAUAAAUAAAUUGGCAGUUUGCCGUUUAGUAAGUAAGCCAUUUAAUUUAAAAUGUCAAUAUUAAAACAUGAA